AUGGCUGCUACUAAGGAAUUCGGUCUUUUCUGCCUGGAGAACCCUCUCCUCGACAUCCAGGCCCAUGGAGACCAGGCCCUGCUCGACAAGUACGGCCUCAAGGCCAACGACGCCAUUCUCGCCGAGGACAAGCACAAGCCCCUCUACGAGGAUCUCCUCAACAACUACGACGCCAAGCUUAUCGCUGGCGGAGCUGCCCAGAACACGGCGCGUGGCGCCCAGUACAUCCUGCCCCCCAACAGCGUCGUCUACGUUGGUGGCGCAGGUGACGACAAGUACUCUGCUAUCCUGCACGAUGCUGUCAAGGCUGCUGGCCUGCGUGUAGAGUACCGCGUCGAGAAGUCCGUCGAGACUGGCCGCUGUGGUGUUGUCAUCACCGGCCACAACCGCAGCCUCUGCACUGACCUCGGCGCUGCCAACCACUAUGAUCUCGAGCACCUGAAGAAGCCAGAGAUCUGGAGCCUCGUGGAGAACGCUCAGAUGUACUACAUUGGUGGCUUCCACUUCACUGUCUGCCCACCGGCGAUCAUGGAGCUUGCCAAGCAGGCCGCCCAGAGCAACAAGCCCUUCAUUCUCUCCCUUUCCGCCCCUUUCAUUCCUCAGUUCUUCAAGGAGGUUGUGGACGCUAGCGCUCCCUACUGGGACUACAUCAUCGGGAACGAGACCGAGGCCGCCGCCUACGCCGAGUCGCACGACCUGCCUUCCAAGGAGCCCAAGGAUGUCGUGGUCCACCUAGCCAACCUGCCCAAGGAGAACAAGCAGCGCAAGCGUAUCGCCAUUGUCACGCAGGGUACCGACCCUACUCUUGUCGCCAUUCAGGGCGAGGAGGGUGUCAAGGAGUUCUCCGUUCAUGCCAUUGAGGCUGAGAAGAUCAACGACACCAACGGUGCUGGUGAUGCUUUCGCCGGUGGUUUCCUCGCCGGUCUCAUGGAGGGCAAGCCUCUCGAGACUGCUAUUGACAUGGGUCAAUGGCUCGCGCGUUUGAGCAUUCAGGAGCUUGGUCCAUCGUAA